AUGGCAACGGCGAGACAGAAUGGGCUCGAUGAACAUUUUGAACGGGCGAAACUGCCAACCGAAUCUCAACUGCAAAAAGGCCUUCGAGUCGUAUACUUUUGGCACGACCUCGACUUUACAAAAUUAAAUGCGAAUUUUGAUAAAUAUAAUUAUUGUAGAGGUAAACUGUAUGAAGAUGGAACUGCGAUAUGUUUCGGAUGUAUGCAACUUAUGCGUGUUAAUGUAAAUUUGGGACCAGAGGUAUUUCUAUCCGAUUUAAUAGAAAAUCAUUGGAAGACUGAGUGUUCAAAAACUCAUGAUGGGUAUGCUAGAAAGAUUCAACCAGCAUUUCGUGAAUUUAGGAAAAGAGAACUAUCAAAUGCACGACUUGCUUGGAAUAGCUGUAAAAAUGAUAGUAUACCUACUGAAGAUAAAUUUUUAGGUUAG